GGGCUCCUGCAAGUACAUGUGCGACAAGGAGGAGCUGAAGGACCCGAAGGACAAGUGGGCGUGCAAGGAGAUCGGCGAGCGCACGCCCAAGGAUCCGGACGCAGACUGCUCCGGGCCCGGGGAGAACUGCUUCGAGACGAUGUGCUGCAAGGAUCCAGGCUUCCAAUGCUACUCGCACAACAAGUACUUCGCUGGCUGCAGCGGCAUCUGCGACGUGGAUGUCAUACCCGAGGACCCGGAGGGCGGCGAGCCCUGCGUGGAGAUCGGGGAGCGCGCGGAACUUCCCGACUCAGGGCCCACAAAGUGCUCGUGGUCGGGCGAGGACUGCAGCGGCACGAGGUGCUGCAACGACGCCAACAUGCACUGCUGGAAGAAGGACCGCGCGGGCCCCGACGCCCGCCCCGCCUCCCUCGGCCGGCCCCUCGGCGCCGCGCGCUCAUCCGGCGCCGCGCUCCGGGCCGCCGGUGCAGCGAUGGGGAGCGCCUGUUGCGCGAACGACGGCGGCGACAAGGACGAGAUCAUCGCGGGCAGCACCUUUCCGGGCACGCUUGCUGAUCUGCACGCCUCCGAGCGCGAUAGACCAGAGGCCGCGAGAGGACACGCUGCGUCCGCCGCGCCAGCGACCACAGAGUUCUGGAUUACAGUCGACAGGACCAGGGGCGAGAAGCUGGGCGUUGACGUGGACCACGAGGACGGCGCCACGUUGCACAUUGACAGGAUCACCCCUGGCCUCUUCCAGCAGUGGAACGAGAACAACUGCAACGCGGUCAUGCAUCCGGGCGACCGCAUCGUGGAGGUGAACGGCGCCAGAGGAAACGCUAAUCAGCUGGUCACCGGGACGGGCAGUGCAGCGGGGCCUCGCCGGGCUUGGCGCUCCCCUGCGGCCCGUCCGCGGCGCUCGCCCUCGCCGCCGUGUCGCGGUCGUCGGGGUCGUCGCCCCCCCCCCCCGGGCGCGCGAGGACGGCCCUUUCUGCCCGUGGAGCGGGCGCCUCCCGCUUGGGCUCUUGCCCAGCCGCUCGCCCCCGCCGUCGAUGCGAUCCUCGCCGUCGUCGUGCCCGUCCCCGCCCUCGUCCUCGUCCUUGCUGUCGAGCCUGGGGCGGUCUCGACACCUCAACCUUGGGGCGUCCCUGCCAAGCCUCACCAGUGGUGGUGGCGGAUUGCACAGACUGUAAAAUGAAUUCGCCCUACCACUAUUCAGGCACACUCGGAAAGGCGGGCCUGGGGGACCGGACAGGAGUCGGCGGCCGCUGCCUCGGGAAGACGAGCCCGCCGCUUUGCGCCUGCCGCCCGUCCGUGUCUUCAGCAGCCGCGCCGUGAUGCGCCCUGUAGCAGUUCUUCUGAGCGUCUCAGCCCUCCGCUGGAGGAGCUUGGCCAAGCCAAGGUGCUCGGGCAGCUUGUUGCCUCGAAAGGCUCCGCGGGCACUCGCCUGCACGAGCCACGAGCCGCGUCCAGCCACGGUCCGGAUCCCGCUGCCCCUGCCCUGCUCGCUCCUGCAGCUCCUCUGUAGCCUACGUAAGACGACGCGAAGAUCGGG